AUGUAUGAACUUCUUUAGAAUGUGGAUAACUAUAUUUAAUUAGGUUUUGCUAGCCUUUCAAUCCUAUUCUUUUAUAUAGUUUAUUAGACAGAUGUAAUUGGGAAUUAUAAUUCUUAGACAUUCAUGAUACAAAAUGAAGAGAAUUGGGAUUACUUGAGAUAAUAAUAUGCUCAACUAUAUGAUCCUUAAGAAUUAGAUAAAUUUCAUUUUCCAAAUGAGAUGGCUAGUUUUUGUUAUAAAAUUUAAGAAAAAAUAACAUCAAUAUAAUGGGAAUAUAUUUAUUUCAUUUGCUUAUCAGGAUUAGUUUUAAUGUUAUAUUCAGUAUUAAUUGUUGAUAUAAUUAGUUUUUUUUUCUUGAGAGUGGAUUCUUAUAUUUUGGAAUGAACAUCAUAUUUGGAGGUCUAACAAUGUUUUACCUAUGUUAUUUUAUAAAUAACGUAUAUUUGGGAACUGUUGUAAAAGUUCCAUUACGAGUAAUUUGUAUAUCAAUCAGACUGAUCCUCUGCGCUGGGCCUAUGGUAAUGGAUUCUUCUUGAGUUUAUUUU